AUGGCUUCCUCCCUUGACUUGAAAGCAUUGUCCAUGUUCGUCAACACCCCCAUCACCCAGGACAUGAUCCACAAGAUCGUGGUCACCACCUUGCAAGUGUUGCCAUGCCAGGACUCCAAGAACCACACCUACAACGCCCAGGGCGAAUUGAAGCCAUUGCCUUCGUUGAUGACGUUCUUGACCAAGUUGGUGCGCUACACCAACGUGUACACCGGAACCUUGAUGGCCACCUUGGUGUACCUCAACAAGCUCAAGUCCAAGUUGCCCAAAAACGCGGCUGGGUUGCCAUGCACCCGUCAUCGUAUCCUCUUGAGCUGCUUGAUUCUCAGCUCCAAGUUCCACAACGACUCGUCUCCCAAGAACACCCACUGGGCCAAGUACACCGACGGCCUCUUCUCCACCAAGGACAUCAACCUCAUGGAGAGACAACUCCUCUACCUCUUGAACUGGGACUUGCGCGUGGACAACGAAGACAUGGUCGACGCCCUUGACUCGUUCCUCGACCCCAUCCGCUACGACUUGGUCAAGGCCGCCAAGUUGAGAAAGUACAUGUCC